AAUGGAGAAUCUCUCUGUGACUUUCCGCCAUUGUUACACUUCCUUCUCUCUUCAUCAGUCAAAUCGUAGAUAUCUUAUAAAUCCAUCUAACUUCAAUCAUUCUCCGACUCGUUUCUCUCUGGACAUCAAACAUGCGUUGUCGUCGGAAUCUACACCAACCUCUGUUUCUCUGGCACCAUCGUCUUCAAGCUCGGAACUUUUACCCCAUACGAUAAGUAGAUGCGAUGAUUUGGUUUCUGUGAAAGCUGUUCAUGCUCGUAUGAUGAGGAUGUACGAUCGAUUCGACAUGGAGUGCUUGGUCUCUCGUUACCUCGAACUCGGAGAAUUAGAGUAUGCGAGUGCUAUUUUCUUCAUGGGUUUCCCUCGGAAUCAAGUUUCAUGGAUGGGUUUCUUGAGAGAGGUCGAGAGUUUCAGAUUAGAGAAGCAUAUGGUCUUAGAGGAGUUCGUUCAGCUACAGAGCAAAGGAGUAAACUUUGACGAAGUGGUUCUCGUUAUGGCAUUGAGACUCUGUACUGUUCUGAUGAACGAGCUUCUCGGUUUUGUUAUUCAUGGCGGUUUGAUCAAGAGAGGGGUUGUUAGAUCAGACACACGCGUGGUUUCUGCGUUGAUGGGUUUCUAUGGAAGAUGUGUGAGUUCGGAUGUCGCCAACAAGUUGUUCGAUGAAAUGCCCGAAAGAGAUGAUCUAGCGUGGAACGAGAUUAUGAUGGUCAACUUGAGGAGUGGGAAGUGGGAGAAGGCUGUGAAGCUGUUCAGAGAGAUGCAGUUUUCUUCUUCUGCAAAGGUUUAUGAUCGAACAAUGGUUAAGCUUUUGCAAGUUUGUAGCAAUGAAGGAGGGUUAAGAGAAGGGAGACAGAUUCAUGAGUAUGUUCUGAGACUUGGGUUUGAAGCAAACGUCUCGGUGUGUAACUCCCUGAUUGUCAUGUACUCAAGGAGUGGCGUGGUUGAAUCAUCCAGGAAAGUUUUCAAUUCGAUGAAAGACCGGAAUCUGUCUUUCUGGAACUUGAUUUUAUCGAGUUAUACUGCAUUUGGGUAUGUAGAUGAUGCUCUGGCUCUCCUGGAGGGGAUGGAGAGAUGUGGUUUUAAACCGGAUAUAAUUACAUGGAACUCCCUUUUGUCAGGCCACGCCUUCAAAGGGUUGUACAAAGGUGCCAUUUCGAUAUUGCAAAGAAUGCAAGUUGCUGGUCUGAAGCCAAACACCAGCUCCAUAACUAGUCUUCUUCAAGCCGUUGCUGAACCGGGGCUUCUUAAACUUGGGAAAGCAAUUCACGGAUAUGUAAUAAGAAACCAGCUUUGGUACGAUAUAUACGUAGAAACCACAUUGAUCGACAUGUAUGUUAAAACCGCCUGCUUGCCUUACGCCCGGAUGGUUUUUGAUACAAUGGAUGAGAAGAAGAACAUUGUUGCUUGGAACUCACUUAUCUCUGGACUUUCCUACGCUGGUCAGGUACAAGAUGCUGAAGGUUUGAUGAGUAAAAUGGAGAAGGAAGGGAUCAUCGAUGCUGUUACAUGGAACAGUCUGGUUUAUGGGUAUGCGAGUCGUGGAGAAACUGAGAAAGCUUUGGCUGUAAUAGAGAAGAUGAAAAAGAACAGGGUGAAGCCAAAUGUGGUUUCUUGGACUGCCAUUUUAUCAGGGUGUUCCAAGAAUGGAAACUUCAGGAAUGCUCUCAAAGUUUUCAUUACAAUGCAGGAAGAAGGUGUUUGUCCAAACUCAGCUACAAUAUCCACAUUGCUUAGGGUAUUAACUUGCUUGAGUCUAUUACAGAGUGGCAAAGAGGUUCACUGUUUCUGCUUGAAGAACAAUUUGAUCCGCGAUGCAUAUGUUGCAACUGCACUUGUGGACAUGUACACAAGAUCAGGGGACCUGAGAAGCGCGUCUGAGGUUUUCCGGAGCAUUGAGAACAAACCGCUAGCUUCUUGGAACUGUAUAAUCAUGGGCCAUGCCAUGUUUGGGCAAGGCCAAGAAGGGAUUGCGGUUUUCAAUAAGAUGCUUGAAGCAGGCAUGGAGCCAGAUGCUAUCACGUUUACCUCUAUCUUGUCCGUCUGCAAGAACUCAGGUCUUGUCUGUGAAGGGUGGGAGUACUUUGAUCUAAUGAGGUCUCGUUAUGGUGUUACCCCGAGUAUCGAACACUGUUCUUGCAUGGUUGAUAUGCUGGGGAGGUCUGGUUAUCUUGAUGAAGCAUGGGACUUUAUUCAGACAAUGCCAUUGAAACCUGACGCAACUACUUGGGGUGCGUUCCUUUCGUCUUGUAAGAUCCACAGAGACUUGGAGCUUGCGGAACUCGCUUGGAAGAGGCUGCAAGUACUGGAACCGCACAAUUCAGCUAACUACAUGAUGAUGAUAAACUUGUACAGUAGUUUGAAGAGAUGGGAAGAUGUUGAACACAUAAGGGACUCGAUGAGGAGUCAAAGAGUGAGAGUUCAGGAUCUCUGGAGCUGGAUCCAGAUCGAUCAAAGGGUUCACGUCUUCAAUGCAGAAGGAAAAGCACAUCCUGAUGAAGGAGAGAUAUACUUUGAGCUUUACAGAUUAGUCUCUGAGAUGAAGAAGAGAUUAGGUUAUGUGCCAGAUACGAGAUGCAUAUACCAAAACGUAAGCGAAGCAGAGAAAGAGAAGUUGCUAUUGGGACAUACAGAGAAGCUACCAAUAACCUACGGUCUCAUCAAAAAGAAAGGGUUGGAUCCUAUAAGAGUGGUCAAGAACACGAGCAUAUGUUCUGAUUGCCACAACGUAGCGAAAUACAUAACGGUUUUGAGAAACCGUGAGAUUGUCUUACAAGAAGGGUCACAGAUUCACCAUUUCAAAGACGGAAAAUGUUCCUGUAAUGACUCCUGGUGACAGUGUAUACACAUUAAAGACUAAGUAGCUCUGGUUCUUUCUUACAAUGAUGCGGAUAGAUACACAGACACUGUCCAACAAGCACCAGAAAACAUUACAUUUACCACAGGCUCAUGAUUGCCAUAUGGAACUGAUCUAAACAUAGCAUUGUGCUUCCCUAUACAAAUGACCAGACUACAGAAUGUCUUGAUGGAAGAGCCUACUAAAUACACAGGAUCUUUCUUUCCUUCAGUGAGCUUCUAGGGUGGGUGAGACACAUGCUUCUCUCUGUAUCCGUUGGAAGUUUUUUCAGAAGGUGGCAGCGAUGGGAUUGGUUAUGUUCUGAGCAAACAAUCUUUCAGAGACAGAAGCCAAGGAUUUCAAGUUACACUUGAUGAGUGAUUCCACGAAGUAACAUGUGUCAUCUUUGGUGUUGCCUUGAGGAACAUCCACAACAAAAGAUUCAAUCACCAUAGUUCCUGAUCUCCCAUCGAUCAUCUCCGGAUGUACAGUUAAGAUAGAAGAGUAGUUCUGCAGGAGAAAGAGAAUCAUUCAUUAUAAGAAAUGCAAGCAUCUAUGAUAUGAUAUUCUGGGGCGGUUAUAUGUACCUUGAGUCUGUGAUCACCACCAAUGAUGUUGAUGCCGAGGAUGCGUUCAUCAUCAUCAAGCUGUUCCAAUCUCUCGGUGCUGGUUGUGGCCGGGAGACCAGAUUUGACGUUUACGUGUCUGAGACUACCGAUCUCAGGAUGACCAUUAACUGUACAUCUGCUUACAAAUGGUUUGUAUUUCUGAGGCUGAUCAAAUCUCCGAACAAGUGACCAAACCUGAGUAAAUUCAUGUAAUAUUAUUAUAAGCCAUUUGUUAACACGAAAACACUACUAAAUCACGAAUCUUUGAGAAGGUAGGCUGAAGCGCUUACGAGAUGAAC